CAAUUCUUAGCUACUUGCAAUGCUAACGUUAAGAUGGCUAGCUAGUCUCUAAUGUUUCGAAACUAAAUGCAGUAAGCUAGCGUUUAAAUCAGAAAUAUUAUUGGUUGUAAAUUUAUUUGCUAGCAAGUUAAACAAAGUGUGUUUUAUGUUGCGAACGGAAUAGAGUCGUCUCUGAAUCAUGGAAGCGCAAAUGCUAUGUAGCUAGCUAGUUAGCCAGGUGCAGAUUUAGCAAGGUGGAUCUUGCUAAACCAAUCCCCCGUCUGCAAAUAUUGUUUUUGUAAACGAAUUCAGAAAAUACCGAAUCACGUCAAGUGUCUGUCCACAUUAGCCCUUUUCAAACUGCAUUGUUAAGCUUUUAUCCCUGGAUUCACACUUGUGUAUUCCAAAGCCCUGGGCAAACGGACAAACGUAACUUGCUGAUGCGACCAACAUUCAGCCACGCGACCAUUUGUUACCUGCAAGGCAUUUAUUAGCAUAUUAGGUCCCCUUGCUGUUAGCAUAGCAUUUUGUUUCCAAUAAUGAAUGUUUGAAAACAUUGCUGCCUCCUUUCCUUGACCUCGGAAACAAGGUUUCACUUUUGAAAUGUGAUCUUGCCCCUGUACAGAUAAUGUUGUUCACGGACGAGACAUCAACUUUUCUGAUCCAGGCAAAAGCAUGCAGCAAUAUUACCAUCCAUGAUAAUAUCUAGAUAAAUGUUAACAGAAUAAAUUACUGAAAACCGACGGAAAUUGAGACCUGUGUGAAGCUAGCCACAAUAGUGGAAUUUGCGUUAGAGAGAGAGUAGGAAAAACAGCAGGUCCGGGACAAGGUAUGCUACUCGGUGACACUCACAGAACACAACUGUAGAGUUUGUAAACAAAUAUUCGCGUCUUAGCUAAUUAUUUGAAAAACGAACUGCUUCAAAGACAAUGUAAUCCAUGAUGGACUGGCAUAGUUGUUAAUUACCUAUAUUAUCCUAAUGGUGAUGCACCUUUACACAUUUAAAUCAGCCCAACGCCCGCCUUGAUAUGUGCCAAAAAUGCAUCAAGUCAAUCGCUUGGCCUGAUAUAAGUAUAAAUACAGUAAAGUACACACUAAAGAGUAAAAAAAAAACAUGUAAGAAAAAUUGUUUAAAAAAAAUAAAUAGGCACAACUGCAGACUUCAAAGAAUAGGCCAGGGCAUUCAGAGUUGAUCAGAUGGUGCCUGCUAAUGUCAUCGGCCUCCCCCUUUGCUUGAGGAACCCCCCUUAAGUAAAUCAAGUGAAAAGGAGACUGGAGUAGGACUUUAAUUUGUGCUCCUCCAGUUACACAGCAUCCCUUCCUAUCUCUAAUUUGAUAGGCCUAUCUGUAAAAUGGGAGGUGUGUCCUAUCCCCUUAACCAGAGAAAUGGGACAACAUUUACACACACUUUGGUUGAACUCAUACCUUGGUUGACUCAGCUUGGCGAUGCUACUUUCAGCUUGAUCUCAAUUAUUGGAGAGAGGCUUUAUCAGGUAUGAAGGGUGUCAAUGGUGCUUUUGUUAUUGGUCAAUUUUGUUGUAACUAGUACUCGUUGUGUGUUGGCCUAUGUUAAUUUCAUAGGCCUACAUUAAAUUUUAUUGGUAACAUACACAUUUAGCAGAUGUUAUUGCGGGUGUAGCGAAAUGCUUAUGUUUGUAGUUCCAACAGUGACAUGAGUUGGGGUCAAUGUGAAUUGAAGUCAGUCAAUUCAGGAAGUGAUUUGAAUUUACAAAAUGGAGAGAACUUGACAUAAAUAGCUUCUCCUUGUCCGCUUAUUUAGAAGUUAAUGGAAAUGGAUAAACCUACCUCUUGAAUUAUUGCAUUGGAAUAUAAUUUCUCAAAUUGACCCCAACCCGGAGGCCUAAAUUCAACACUUAAAUGAGAUGAGGAUCACACUGCGCAACAUGCAUUAUGGUUCCAUAGGCUCUCCAAUUCACCUUCAUUUACAGUUUUACUCUGUUCAAGUAGACAGUUAUCAAUAGUUUGUUUCUUUGUUAUUAGUCAUUCAAAAUGUACAGGCCUACGGUAUUUGGCACCCUCUGCUGGUGAUUUGCAGGAUGUGCAAUGAUACACGUAAAAGGAGGGCUGUGAUUGCCUACUAUGAUCCAUUUUAUAGAGAAAUUGGCAUAACUUUAAAACUAGCAGAGAUCCAACUCUGGAAAUUUGAUAUGCCUGUAGAGUAUGUUCAACAAUAUAUUGUAACAUUCCCAUUCAAAGUAUUUAUUUUUAGUCAUGUAAGAAAAUUGUUACUUAAAUCAAAAUACUACUCUUAUUAUAGGGCAAGCGGUAAAUCUUGAUUUGACAUGUAGUCAGUGAUAUGUAGCCCAAAAUCAUGUUUAAUGACAUUUCAUCUUUCAAUCAUGCAAGACUUCAUGUAUGCAUAUGGUUCCCGCCAUAGAGCUAACAAUAGGCCCCAAUCACCACACAACCCCCACCCCAAGUGCCACAAGACGCACUUGCCGUGGCUGAGAGAUCUUGGGUGAAGAGGCAAGAAUUGGUUUAAUUUGCAUAACUGUAAAUGCUUUAAAAAAUUUGAUUUCUAGAAAUAAGGAUGUUCUCUUUUGUAUUGCACGUUCCUUGGUUUAAUAGUUGAGUUUUAUUCCCCCCUUAUUAUUUGUAUUUCACAGCAACACCUACAGUCCACAAUCUUAAUUUAGUUUGAGGAUAUGCAUUUCUAAAAUGUUUAUUGUUACAAAAACUUUCUUUCCUUAGUUUGUCCUGGUGGUUGGUAUUUCUAAUCUUCGUGCCUUAGUGGAUAAUCUUGUGCCCAUGUCAAACCGAGCUGGUAGCACAGGUCAUGCUGACCAGACUUGGCUUCAUGUCCACUCUCCUGGAGCCAGAGCGCCACAUCUGGAGGCAGAUGUUUAUGGGAUUGUGUUACCACAAGGCCUUGUCCCUGCCAUUGUCCAUCCAUCGAUCAGGCAGGGAAAAGGUUUAAAGAACUCCUCCAUGAUGCUCUGUUCAAGUGGACUGAGUAAAUCCUUAAUUACCGUUACUAGUAGCAUAAAGGAAUGACGUAAGUGAAAAUCACAAUUUCCACAACCAUGUUUUGCAAAGGACUAAAACCCUGGAAUGUCACAUGUAAUUAUUUGCAGGUCUUUGUACAUUACUUCCCACGUCGCAUUGACGUCGUAAAGGAUCCAAAGUACCAGUAGCAGCUGGCAUUGGAGUAUGAAGACCAAGCAUGGGAGCUAGGUGUGACUUGUGCCUUCCCACUGGUCCCACAAUAAAGUACACCUGAGUGAUGAUUAUGGGAUUGCAAUUUUGGCCACGCUGAUCAGACACUUCGUUUGAGGGACUGUGGUGCAUGGCUGCUGCUAGGCCUACUUCUGCUGGGAUUUAAAGUGAUGGGAGUAGAGGCAAGAUUGGCCAGAUCUCCAAGACAACUACUUCUAGUGCACCCCCAGCAGGACCCCCUCUUGCAGCACCACCUGCUCCUCCAAUGGCUGGCCUUGUGAUCCACAGUCAUGGGGGCAGAGGCAAGGUUGGACACCCAGCGGCUGUCGUUCCAUCAGUUCAGCCGUGUGAAGGCAAAUAAGUACUUUCAGCCGACUCGCAGGGUAUGUUAUUUACUGUUAUUGGUAGAAAUGUCAUCAAUAUAUGUUUAAGUGUGCAUGUGUUGAAAAGUAUUUAGUAAUCAAUGCGAAACCUAAAAUAUCAAUAUGAUUACAGGGUAAAGUGAACAGUGCGGUUAUCUGCAGCCCCAGGAUCACCCUUGAUGGUCAGUGUGACAGGGAGGUGGACGUUCAGUCACCUUUUUACCACACCAAUCUUUUUUUUUUUAACUAAUCAACUGCUCAACAUUACCAAGAGUAUUAGAAUCUGGUCAGAACAAAAUGUCGAACAGCCUGCAGCUUGUAAAGAGCAGGUGGGGGCAGCCCUGAUAGGUGAAGAGAAGCCCUGAUGGGUGAACUGUUAUUCUUCAAUCUACUUUAUUCUACAUUUUCUUGUAAAUAUUUCAUGGGUGUAUGUUGAUUUGUGUAUUUUCCAGGAGCUUGCUCGGUUGUCUUAUUAAAAAGAGAACAGGGACGAAUUUGUCAGUUUCUCCUAUAUUGGCUCAAAUUGGUUACUGUUUUUUUACUUCCCUCUGGAAAGUUGUUUCUUUAAAUAAAUACUGAAUAAAACAUUUCUGUUGCAAUUUGUUAUUAUUGGGUAUCUUAAAUACUGUCACCGAGUAGGCUGAUAACCGUGGACCUAAGAUCCAUAGGUAAGGCUGUACAUUGCAAGAUAAAUGUUCAAUACACUGUUGGUUGAGUAGUGAACUUAAUGUGGCUAGUUUCACACCGUUUUCAAAGUCCCCCCCAAUAAGUGCAUUGACCAUAAUAUUUGUGAAAACUCUUCACAGUUAUGUCCCGUGGGUGUCACUUAUAUAGACCGAUACCCCAUUUCAUGGGUGAACAAUCUCUAGCUUAGGCUCUACUGUCCAAUAUGAGUUCAACAGUCGACACGUAUUAUAGGCUUAAUGUGGUUAAUUUCACACUGGUUUUAGAGUUGCACUGUAAGAGCUAAGAUGCUAAUAUUUGUGUAAACUCAGUUGUGUUCUGUGGGUGUCACCGAGUAGGCUGAUACCCCAUUUCAUGGGUGCACAAUCUCUUGUAUAAGCUGUAUAGUAUGCCCCCAAUGCAGAUGUGGGGAUUUCAAGUUUUUUUCUGUUAAUUAACAAUUGUAUUUCAUUUUGGACUUGUUUAGCCAUAUCUAGUCCAAAUAUGCCUUGAUUCUACUGUUUGGAAGGCUCCUGCAUGGUGCAGCGGUCUAAGGCACUGCAUCUCCGUGCAAGAGGCGUCAAUACAGUCCCUGGUUUGUAUCCAGGCUGUAUCACAUCCGGCUGUAUUUGGAGUCCCAUAGGGCGGCGCACAAUUGGCCCAGCGGCGUCCAGGUUUGGCCGGGGUAGGCUUUCAUUGUAAAUAAGAAUUUGUUCUUAACUGACUUCCCAAGUUAAAUAAAGGUGUGCAUCACUUUCAAUUGGGGGACUUUCAUUUUUAAUGCGAAGCCCAAAUUCCACUAUUGUAACUUCCUUAUUGUGGCUAGCUUCACACAGGUGAUAUUGAGCGUUUGCUGCCCUUCCAGCUGUAGAGUUGGGAGACUUUCGACACACCCACUUGCCUGCUACCCAUACUUGGGUGUUUGUUGCUUCAGUUGGCUAGCUGCCUAUGUGAGAAGAUGUUAGCCAGCCUGCAUAACACCUGUUUUUGUUGGCCAUAGCAACCAAUGUAUUUGCAAUGUGUUUUUUUUGUCAGGUUUGUGUCCUCAGAUGGAAGGAUGAAAGGGUAUACAUUUACUUAUCAAAAUAGCUACAGAGGCAUCACAAGCAUAUGCAAAUUAAGUGAAAGUGCAGCUUUAAUGAUUGGACAAUGAAAAUGAGUUAUUCUGACCCCUUUUCACACUGGCUAUUUUUGCAUCAUGUUUCUGGGGUCCCGAAAGUCCUGAAAAGUCAGUGCAAACCUUGCUCCUGAGCAGAGCCAACUAGCCCUGGACUAAGAGCCAGUGAGUGUGGUGUUCAAGGUGUACUGUCUGUCAGUGAUGACAAUGGUGGCAGCAACUUACACUGUGGUAUUACGAUACACAAGGACCAUAUCAUCAACAGCUAUGUACUUCUCUACAACAGCAGUAUGCGUCACAGAGGUUAUUAAAUUGUUCUUGAGCCUUGGGAUGUUGACCAAAGAAGCUGGCAGCUUUGGCAGGUUAAAAGCAUCCAUAGUUGAACAUGUGUUUCAGUGUCCAAAAGAGCUGCUGAAACUGAGUGUUCCCUCUGUGGUCUAUGCGAUUCAGAAUAACAUGGCCUUCAUAGCCCUGAGCAAUCUUGAUGCAGCUGUGUAUCAGGUGACCUAUCAGUUGAAGAUCCCGUGCACAGCCCUAUGCAUGGUCCUAAUGCUGAACCGCUCUCUCAGCAGGCUGCAGUGGUUGUCUGUCUGCAUGCUGUGUGGGGGUGUUGCUUUGGUCCAGUGGAAACCUGCAGAGGCCACUAAAGUCCAGGUUGAGCAGAACCCUUUUUGGGGGUUCAUGGCCAUUGCUAUCGCUGUAUUCUGCUCCGGAUUUGCAGGUGUGUACUUUGAGAAGGUCCUGAAGAGCUCAGACACAUCCCUAUGGGUGCGGAACAUCCAGAUGUACCUGUCUGGCAUCGUGGUCACCCUCGCUGUUGUUUACAUGACUGAGGGUACUCAGGUUAUACAGAAAGGCUUCUUCUAUGGUUACACGCCUUGGGUGUGCUUUGCAGUUUUUCUGGCCAGUGUGGGUGGUUUGUACACAUCAGUGGUGGUGAAGUACACAGACAAUAUCAUGAAAGGCUUCUCUGCUGCAGCCGCCAUCGUUCUCUCUACUGUGGCAUCUGUCGCUCUGUUUGGGCUACAGAUAACUGUUAACUUUGCCAGUGGAGCAAUGCUAGUGUGUAUCUCCAUAUACCUGUAUGGACUCCCAAAACAAGACACCACCAAGCUUCCAAGAGCAGACAAGGAUGCCAAGCAGAAACUGAUCACUGUUUGAGGCCUGGAAGAACUUAAACGUUUAUGGCCUUUCCUGACCACUGAGCUGGACCUGCCCGAGGCCCUCUGUUGCGUAUAGAAUAAGAGCGUCGGCAAGGAACUUUAAUUUAUCAUUAAUGCUGGAGCAUAAAUUAAGGGAAGGGAUUUUAAAAUACACUUCAAUAUUCUGUGGCGGUUGUGGCAUAGAAAUUACCUGUUUUUGUUGACUGUGUUACUGCUGUUAGUCACGGACAAUAGUUAUGAAUCUUUGUCAGUCAUUCCACUUGUCACAGUACUAAAUGUAUAUACAGCUGACAAUCAUGUUAUUGUUGUAGCUGUCAUUGUAUUAUAGACAA